CACAUUACUGUGGACGUUUAUCCCGGGAUCCAACGUUUGUUUACAUUAGUUACCGAUCAGAAGGAUUGUUCAAUUCAGUUGAUUUAAGUUUAUAUGAAAAACUGGUAUUUUCAGGAUGAAAAUAACAUUGAUGGAGUUUAAAUUCUGGUUCAAACUUGAAAUAUUUCGUCAUAAAGUCACAGAUUUAUCAAGAAGGAAGUUUAUCAGUGUGGCUGUGAAUUCUGAAGGUAGAGAAAUAUGGACAGUGUAAAUUAGUGUGGCUGUGAAUUCUGAAGGUAGAGAAAUAUGGACAGUGUAAAUUAGUGUGGCUGUGAAUUCUGAAGGUAGAGAAAUAUGGACAGUGUAUAUUAACAUUCUGAUGCUGUGGAUGGACAACUUGAAUCAUCACAGUAACCCUGUGACAUCGUGAGGUAGUUAUUCUCUUGUGUUUUUACAUUACUGAUUGUUUAACAUAAACAUAUACUGGACGGGACAGUAUAACCAGGAUUUCAUUCUUUAAAUACAUCAAACAAAACUCCAAUUUAUUUGAUAAUAAUACAAUGUUGCUGUAACAACUGAAAUCGUAAUUUUUAUCAAAAUGGCAGCAGCUAAAAUACCUAUCCGUACAAAAGGUCAGACAACCUGUGUUCAUCACAAGGGGAAACAACUGGAAUUGUAUUGUGAAAAAUGUCAAGAACUGACAUGUUUAAAAUGCCUUUCCUCUGUUCAUAAAGGCCAUAUUAUGUGUGACCUCAGUGAAAUCACUCCUCAGAAGAAACAAGACAUUAAACACUUUAUUGACAGAACAGAACAAAAUGACCUGGUACAAAUUGGUAAAUACAUCACCUCUACUGAUACACUCCUUAGAGACAAUGACAGUACAUUUGAGAAACUGUCACAUCAGUUGAGGAUACAAACAGACAAAUUAAAAAAAGACCUUGACAUGCUCACAGCUGAGACACUCUCUCUUUAUCAGAAUAUGAAAGAGGACAAUUCAAAGCUCAUACAGAAAUACAAACAGGACCUGGAGAUGUACGACAAACAACUCAAACAACAAAUACAGGAAUGUAAGACAGCACUUCAGCAGGGUUCUGACUUAAACAUUUACGAUACACGAUGUGAAAUAGAUUCUCAAAUACAUUUCCCUGUAAAACCUGUCCUGGGUAAUGUCAGCUUCACUCCAAACAAAAAUCCUCAAGGUCACCUAAAGCUUGCUUUAGGGAAAGUUAUCAUCUCAGGUCAAGGUCAAACAUCAACUGACCAGGAUCGGUCAGUCUCAACAUCAGAUGGUCAGGGACAGUCCUCUACACAACAACAAUCAGGAGAUAAAGGGAAGAAAGCAGUGACAGGGUAUAAACUACUGUCAAAGACCAAGGUGGUGGAGGAGUGGGAGUCUCCAUGUACCAUUAGUUCUAUAUGUCCCACCACUGAUGAUCAGGCCUGGACCAGUGACAACAGUAAAACAUUAACUCUCCUGGACAGGAAGGGUACAGUAAUACAGAAGGUCACACACAAGGCUGAGAUCAAUGACAUUAGUGUGUCACCAACAACACACAGACUGUGGGUCUGUGACAGAGAAAACAACAUCCUGGAGCUGGUAUCAGGACAACUAACACACAGAUUCAGAACCAAGGAGAAUCCCAGGUGUUUAUGUGCUACAGCCAGUAACCAUGUCAUUGUAGGCAUGCCCAAACGCAUCUCUAAAUUUACAACACAAGGUCAGAUGGUGCUCACUACAAUGGCUGUAGGGACUGGGAAACCAUUAGUGUGUACACCAUGGAGGAUCACAGAGUGUCCUGUCACUCACAAUGUCGCAGUGAUUGAUUUCAGUGAUAAAGAUGAUGGUGGUGAUGGAAACAAACAUGUUGUUGUCAUGGAUACUAACUUCAAGGAACUGUUUGUAUACAGAGGUGACAUCCCCAGUACAUAUAAAACAUCACAAACAGGAGGUAAACCAUUUUACCCCUGGAGUGUGGUGUAUGAUAGUGUGGGGAACCUCAUCAUAGGGGACUUUAACAACUACAGGGUCCUACUCCUCAGUGGAGGUGGUGAGUUCCUCAGGAUCAUACACACAGACACAUACCUGACAUGGGCUGUAGGUGUAGACAGGAAGGAUGUCCUGUGGGUAGUGUCUGAUGAUGAAAAUGUGAAACUUCUACAGUACAGCAGUAUGUGAUAACUAUAAUGAAAC